AUGCCCAGCACAAAGAAGCCUUCGCUGUCGACCGUGGCUCCGAGCCUUAAGUCUAUGAACAUGAGAUUUAAGCAGAUUCAAUCGUCCUUUGGUGACAUUUGGCGUUUUGUUGAAACAUUUCAGGAGGAUUCAACAUCGAUUCAAAUCGAGAUUCGUUUGGAGGAAAUUGAUAGCCUGUGGGAAAAACUGAACGAUACUUUGAUCGAAAUUCAAUCUCAUGAUGAUUUCGACUUAGAUGAAACAUUUUUCGAGCGUGAAAGGGUUACGUUUAGUGAAAAAUAUUAUCAUGCUAAAGCCUUUCUAAUGGAGAAGCUAAAAGAAAGGGCACAGAUACCGGAUUUAAACAGUACAUCUAGGGUGAAUGACUCGUUAUUGCAACCAACUCUUGAUCACGUUCGACUUCCUCAAAUCAAACUUCAAACAUUUAAUGGAAACAUUGAAGAAUGGUUAAGUUUUCGAGAUUUAUACAUGUCCCUCAUUCAUUGGAAGACUGAUUUACCGGAAGUGGAAAAGUUUCACUAUCUUAAGGGUUGUCUACAGGGUGAACCAAAGGCACUUAUUGACCCUAUUAAGAUUACCAAGACUAAUUAUCAAAUCGCCUGGGAUUUAUUACUGAAAAGAUAUAACAAUAGCAAGCUCUUAAGGAAAAGACAAGUUCAAGGUCUGUUUCAGCUCCCUUCUUUGUCGAAGGAAUCCGUCAGUGAUCUGCAAGUUCUCUUAGAAGGAUUUGAGAGAAUUGUGCAGACUUUAGAUCAAAUCAUUCAACCUGAAGAUUACAAGGAUCUUCUUCUGGUCCAUCUUCUCUCCUCACGUCUCGAUCCUGCGACACGCAGAGGAUGGAAAGAAAGCUCCGCAGCCAAGGACCAAGAUGUUGUUCAAGAUUUGACGGAAUUCCUUCGCAGGCGAGUACGUGUAUUGGAAUCUUUACCAGCUAAGGUAGUGGAACCCAAGUCAGUUCAACCACAGUCAGUUUCCAGAUAUAAGCAAUUUACUAAGGGUAGCUUCAGUUCAAUCCAAUCGUCUGGUAGAGCGUGUGUUGCUUGUAAUGAGGAUCAUCCAUUAUUCCGUUGCCAGGCUUUUCAGCGCAUGAAGAUUGAUGAUCGUGAAGGAUUGCUUCGAAGUCAUUCACUUUGCCGAAAUUGCUUUAGCAAGAGCCACAAGGCUAAGGAAUGCAAAUCAAGGUAUUCCUGUCGCCAUUGUAAGGGUCGACAUCACAGCUUGGUUUGUUUCAGCAUAGAAAAGGGGGAAUCUAGAGGUUCUAGAUAUCGUAAGGACAAUGUAGAAUCAAGGCCUCAUGAACCAAUGGUUGUAUCAGCUCCUCAAGUUACAAAUCUAGCAGCGACAGAUAUCCAGUCCUCCAACGCUGCCUCCCAACGCUCGUCACAGGUUCUUUUGGCCACAGCAGUAGUGAUUUUGGAAGAUGACUACGGUAGUCAAUAUCCAGUAAGAGCUCUUCUCGACUCUGGCUCAGAAGGCAAUCUUCUCACGGAGCGAAUGAGUCAGCGAUUAAAAACCACAAGGGAAAAGGUCGACAUUUGUGUCGUUGGGGUAGGACAGGCUGCAACCAAGGUGAAACAAAGAGUGUACGCCACGAUUCGAUCGCGUGUUUCGGAGUUUUCGCGCGCUAUGAGCUUCCUUGUUCUACCAAAAGUAACUGUUAAUUUACCCACAACAACGAUAAAGACAACAAGCUGGAGAUUUCCAGAGGGUAUCCAAUUAGCAGACCCUUCGUUUUCGAUCUCUAGUGAGGUAGACGUUGUUUUGGGAAUAGAAUCUUUCUUUGAUUUCUUCCAUACCGGAGAAAAGGUCGAUUUGGGAGAUCAGAUGCCCUCUCUGAAUCAUUCAGUGUUUGGUUGGGUAGUCUGCGGAGGUUUACCGAUCCCACGACAGGCUAGGCAAGUUACGGUAAACGCUUCUACUACUGAAGAUUCUUUGGAAACUCUUAUGACUCGAUUUUGGUCCUGUGAGGAGAUCGAGUCAAACAAUUUCCUUUCACCAGAGGAGAAAAGGUGUGAAAGGUUCUUCUCGAAAACGGUAAAACGUGAGCCAGAUGGAAGGUAUACGGUUUCACUACCUCGGAAUGAUAGCAUGUUAGAGCGAUUAGGUGAAUCGCGUGAGAUCGCUGUGAGGCGGUUCUUGGCAACGGAACGGAGACUUUCUAGGGACGAAAAUCUGAGGAAGCAAUACGAAGAAUUCAUGGAAGAAUAUCUUCAUAUGGGUCACAUGCACAAGGUGUUCGAGUUGAAGAAUGAGUCGGGAAAGAAGUCCUAUUUUGAGUCUGGAAAUUCAACAUUGUCAAAUCACUCAUGUCAUGAAGAUCAAGGGCCAGUUAAGCGUUGUUUUCUGCCACAUCAUCCAGUUGUAAAAGAGGCUAGCACUACAACUAAGGUCAGGGUCGUUUUUGACGCCUCGUGUAAAACCUCGUCUGGAAUAUCGUUGAACGAUGGACUUUUGAAUGGCCCUGUAAUUCAGGACGACCUCCGCUCAAUUAUUCUUCGCUGUCGAACCAAACAGGUCAUGGUUGUUGCUGACAUUGAAAAAAUGUUCAGGCAAAUCAAUAUAGCUGAAGCUGAUCGUCCUUUACAAUCCAUUUUGUGGCGAUCAUCUCCCAACGAGAAUAUCUGCGUCUAUGAACUACGAACUGUCACCUACGGAACAAAACCAGCACCGUUUCUAGCCACUAGAACGCUGCAGCAGUUGGCCACAGAUGGAAUGGGUGAAUUUCCGCUUGCAGCAUGUGCUGUAUUGAACGACACUUACAUGGAUGAUGUCAUCACAGGAUCGGAUACCAUAGAAGAAGCAUGCACUAAGAAGGUUUCUCGGAAGGUGGGGAAAGAUUUCUGA